AUGUUCGCGUUCCAAGGGAAACUACUCCCGGCCCUCGGCCUUUGCUUUUGUUUUUUCGUCACCCGUGCAUCCGCCGAAAAUGCCAGCCAGCCAACGGACUCCUGGAAGCCGAUGCAGCCCCAGAAACGACAGGCGGUGGUGAAGCUGGAUCCCAUAGGCUCGCCGGCAGCCAAGAGCUAUGAUCCGCCUCCGGAGUUUUAUCGUGGACCGGGCUCAACACCCUCCAAGUCCGACAGCACGGCGGCCAGCUUCAUUUCCAAGCCAAUCGGAUCAUUGCCUCCAUCGGGGAUACACAGUUCUGGAACAGGCUCCCAGCUGAGCAGCCUCAACGAGAAUCUGAGUGAAGCCUUCGACAAGUGGCGGCUGGGAGGAGCAGCGCUACAGGAUCGGAUUAGUGUCGGUCACUAUGCAGGCAGUGGAAGUGGAGGAAAAAGCUAUGCCUUUGACAACCAUCCAUAUCAGUAUGAUUACGGAUCCUCCCAUAGCCAUGGCUACGAUUCAGGACCGGCGCCAGGACACGGCUACUCGUCCAGUGCCGAGGCCGGAGUUCCCUACCAUGUCUACAGGCCGCGUCCAGAUCAUGUCCACUAUCCAGGCCCAUCGGUGGACUACUCCUACAGCUCGUAUCCGGUAGAUUCCCAUGAGAUUGUCUCCCACAAGGGAACUCCGGAUAUUUCUCCCAAGGCUCUGCUGGCUAAAAGCUUCCUCAUUCCUCUAGCCAGUGCCACGGUUUUGGGCAUUGCCGCUGCCCUGGUCAGCAAUCCCUUACUUCUCCAAUUGGCUCCGGUUCCUGGAAUCGGAGUUGGCGUGGGAGUGGGCCCACCAGUUGUUGGAAAACGGAGGAGACGGAGAGAGGCAAUUAAAUUUAUUAAACCAUUGAAAUAAUGCCACAAAUCCAGUUAUAAUAUAUUGAGU